CCGGGCUGGGCUGGGCCGUCGCCGCGGCGUCGCCGUCGUCUUGCGCGGGGCCAUGGCCACCGAGGAGCUGGCCAGCAAGCUGAGCCGCCGCCUCCAGGUGGGCGAGCGCAACGGCGAGCCCGAGGCCGAGCCCCAGCCCGAGGCCGAGCCCGAGGGCGCCGCCGAGCCCGCCCUGGACAGCGGCGCGGGCGGCGAGCUGAGCGCCAAGCUGCAGCGGCGCUCCGAGCUCAGCCAGGGCGCCGAUCCCCGGCAGCUCUCGCCGGGCGGCGGCCACAAGGUCUUCAGCCCCUACACCGAGUUCCGCGAGUUCUCCCGCCGGCAGAUCAAGGACAUGGAGCAGCUCUUCCGGCAGUACGAUGCAGGAAAAGAUGGUUUCAUUGACCUUAUGGAACUGAAGCGUAUGAUGGAGAAGCUCGGGGCUCCGCAGACUCACCUUGGGUUGAAAAACAUGAUCAAGGAGGUGGACGAAGACUUUGAUGGCAAACUGAGCUUUCGGGAGUUCCUUCUGAUUUUCCGCAAAGCUGCUGCAGGCGAGCUGGAAGAGGACAGCGGCCUCCACGCCUUAGCCCGCCUGUCGGAGAUCGACGUCUCAACGGAGGGUGUCAAAGGAGCCAAAAGCUUUUUCGAAGCCAAAGUGCAAGCCAUAAAUGUCACCAGCCGCUUCGAAGAGGAGAUCAAAGCUGAGCAAGAGGAGAAGAAACGGCAGGCAGAGGAGAUGAAGCAGCGGAAAGCCGCCUUCAAAGAGCUGCAGUCGGCAUUCAAGCAGUGAUGGGGUGGGCAGGGGCAGUGCUGGGAAAAAGGGGGGGUAUGCACGUGACCUGAGUGGUCCCACUGGAAUGAUCUUGAGUUGCUAAUGAUCGAGGGAUUCCCAGCAUUUUGAACUGGUCUCUAGAGCUGUGCCUUUGGCAAGAGCUUGAUCUAUAGAAGUCCCACAACCUUUCAUUUCAUCUGCCAGUCCCCGUAACAUGAACAACUUUGCUGGCCGAUUUUCUGCAGACCAAGCUUCUGUCAGCAGGUGUGAGAGUGGGUCAGGUUGGAUCUUUUUCAUUUUCUGAUCAAUCGGCAGCUCUUAGGUGGUUGUGCAGACCAAUUUGGAAAUAGGACUUUCCGUAGCUUUUGAAAUCUGAAGCCGUUCAGGCUGCCCAGUGGUUUCUCGUGACCUGUAAAUACCACGAGCAAGAAUUCCCAGAGCCUCCCCUUGUCCACGUUGCCCAGAUCCGUGUUUUCUUGUGAAUGACGUGUCUGUAUGUUGGUGGGCGUUCUCUUUAACUCUUUGUAACCGCUUGGUGUGUCCCGAGCCUGGCCGUUGCACGUUCAACUUGUGAAUCAUUUCAUAUCCCAGCCGGUAGGGUGUUAGCCACGGUUGUGGGACGGAUAGGGGGUGCCUACCCUUGCUCUGGUGGGGACAACGCUUGUGCAAAACGGCCUCUUGCCGCUUUGGCGUGCACAAUCUGCAUUGAAAAAUGCAUUAAUUGGUCACUUUAAAAAGUCCCUGUGCUUGAAGCUUUGCCAAAAAUAGAAAAUGUUACGACUAUCCGAGGUAGCAAAUUGAGUGGCCUGGUGGAGUUCAGGAACACACCUCAGUUCUCCUCCCAAACUCUUCCUCUGUUUUUUUCCCUGAGUAACCCUGAUCAUCCACUGCUGCCCUGAUGUAGGACAGGACUUACGCCCUCUCCCCCCGCGUCCUCUCAAAACCACCUGUUUGUUUCCCUUUGCCCCAGCACCUGGUUUUAUAUCAGGCAAGGAGAUGGAGUGACUGCAGCCCGUUUUCCUUCAGCCAUUAUAAAGAAACGGGAUCAAGAAAAGUGGCACUUUCAAUGAGUGAAUGAGGGGGAAAGGAUAACGGUCAAGAAAAUGGGUUUGCUGUUGUCCCAAGGAUCUAGGAAGAGGGUUGAGGGUUUUCCCAGUUACCUGGGGGACCUUGAAAUUCUGUUGCCCUAGACAGCCCCCUGGGCUUUCUGCUAGGCUGAUGAGUCUUUUGUGCAGCAGUCAAUGAAUACAUUUUUCUGAGCGUUGCUUCCAUUAGAUACUACGAUUCUCCUACGAACAUCAGUAUAGAUAGAGACUUGUAGGUUUCCAGGGUUGAAGUUCCCAUUCUUAAAUUUGCCUUGACCGCCACCAUUUAAAGAUGCAGACCUGCCAGGGGAGAUCUGGCAAAGGAAGUUGGGUGGGUGUCUGCUUGUGUGCGUGUGGCGAUAGACUACCCUGCUGGAUUUUUGGGAGGCGAGAGAGGACCUCUCCAUACAGCAGCAUCAAGUGUUGGGACGUCUUGGUAGAAGCCCUGCUCAUCCCAGAGGAUGCCACAGGGUCACUGGACAAUGUGAGCAGGGCUACAUCCAGACCAGCCUAAUGUCUUUGUGUGCGUAUUUGUGUGUUUCCCAAGGCAAUAAUCCGAGUGCGGGAACUGUUGUGAUUUCACUCUGAGCUCGAUUGUAAAGGAAGAGCCUGUUCUGUGCCCUUUGUAUUUUCAAGAAUGGAACCGGCAAAUCCACCCGGAUUGCAAACCACAUUGGUGAAACCCAGAGUCGUGUGCGUUGUCGUCGUCGGGUUGUUUCCCCUAAUAAUUCAUUUGUUCAUAUUCCGGCUGGGAGACCACCUGAAAGUGCUUUGAAAUGUUCACGUGGUUUGCAUGCACUGUGAUCUUCCAAGACAGGGGCAAACCCUAAUUGUCAAGCUUUUGUAACAGAAAAUCUCAGUGGAUUUGAUAGGAAAAAUAGUCCUCUCCCCCAAUUAUUAUUAUUAUUAUUUGCACAAAGUCAGUGCUUGGAAAGGAAGUUGAAAGAACUAGAGCCGUCGCUGUUGUUUAUCAGCCUCUGCUUCUUGUGCCCUUAACAGCAACUGAGCCAAGCUAUAAGUGACACUUUACACAGGUUGGACACUUGUCAGCUUCCCUCAAGUUUUGAUGCGAAAUGUAGGCGUCCUGGUUUUACAGCUUGGCUCUCCAUUACAGCUGCAAGACCAGGAUGCCUACAUUUCCCAACAAAACUUGAGGGAAGCUGUCAAGUGUCCAACCUGUGUCAGGCAUCACUUGUAGCUUGGCUCUCAGCAGGCCACCAUUGGUUCCUGGAUUGCUGGGAAAGGAGGCCGUGCCCCCUGCACUUGGAGAAUGGAAGUACAAAUUCUGCCCAUCUUGAACACUCCAGGCAAACUGGGGGUGGCCAGCAAGAUCUUUUUGCCAGUCUUGGGAGCCCUACAGAUUCUCGACCCGGGGCUGGCACCUGGCAUCAACAUGGCUGACCACCUGCCUGAGGCCACAGCUUGGCACAGGGCCGGUCCCCAACUAAGAUCUGGAAGAAUCAGGUUCGAAUCCCCGCUCUGCCAUGGGAGCUCACUGGGUGGGCCAGUCACAAACUCUCCACCUAACCUACCUCAGAGUAUGGUUCUUAGGAGAAAGUAGAGGAGGGGAGAGCAAUAUUGUAAGCUGCUUUUUCUCCCUAUCGGGGGAGAACACUCAGAUAUAAAUUUUAAAAUACGAAAUGAAGGUACCUUUGAUUAUAGGGGAAGAGGGCCAUAACUUUUGUGGGCGAGAAUGUGAACACGGUGCUGGGGGAGUGACUUAUUAUGAGCACUCCAUGCCCAAAGGCCUACAAAACCUGCAUCCAGUCCUGGGCUGACCUGACUUCAUACACUUCACACAGGCACCACCCUUCUGACACGCAGACCUUUGCAGGUGACGGCUUUUACCAUUCCAUGUCCUGCAAAGCUUUCCCAGUUCUGGAGACUGCACCGCUGUUAAGAGCACAGGAUCAAACGAGACUGCAUUUUUGAAUGUUUAGCAACCCCCCAAAUAGGUCUGUGUUUGUACGAAGGAGGGGGAGUGAGUGCUCUUCCUCUCCUGGGCUGGCUCAGCCAAGAUGCGUUUUAAAAGAGGGAGUUUCUCCACUUUUCAUUUUCGUCCCAUGCGAAUGCCCAGUUUUUGUUCUUGUUUUUCAAAAUCCAGCGCCCCGUGUCCCAUCUACUUUGCAAACUCUGCCCUGGGUUUUCCUGGAAGAUUUUGAAUUGCUUACUACAUUUCAAACUACCCCCCCUCCUCUUUUUUUUGGCUAAAAAGGUAUUAUAAGUCUCAUUGAGGCUGCGUUAUUUUUUCAUACGGCAACCAUAGGUGGCUUGAGGGGUGAUGGUUGGAAGUGGGUAGGGGGGAAAGCAGUAUAUUAAACAGCUCCUUCCAUUCCUCUGCAGCAUUUCCAAUAUAUUUAAAUGGAUGGAGGGGGGGGACUGUGUUUGCUUUUGAUUCCAAAAGCUGCUCCAUUUCAGUGGUAUGAUUUAUUUUUUUUAACCAAAAAUUAAAAAAUUAUAUUUCAUAAGCA